UCCAGAAUCCCACCUAACCCCUCCUUCCCAAACCCCCCCCCGCCUCCAUCCUCAUAUUCUCUCCCAACUCCUCUCGUUUCCUGCUCUCCUAUUCAUCUUGAGACUUUUAUCGAACACCUGGCCGUCGUCAUUCUCUAUCGAAAUCCUAGCUUGCUAGCGGCCAUGGCGAAGUUCGGCGAAGGCGAUAAGCGGUGGAUUGUGGAGGACCGGCCGGACGGCACCAACGUUCACAACUGGCACUGGGUGGAGCGGGAUUGCUUCGAGUGGUCGCGAUCCUUCCUCACCUCGCUCCUCUCCAACCUCACCAUCCUCGACGGCGAGGGCGACCUCGCCAUCCGCACCAAGACUGUCGACCGCUUCGACGGCGAGGCGUACGUCAACGUCCGCAAGGGCAAGAUCAUCCCUGGCUACGAGCUUUCCCUCACCCUCUCCUGGGAGGGCGAGGCCCACAACUCUGCCAGCGACCCGCCGCUCCUCAAGGUCUCCGGCUCCCUCGAGGUCCCCUACCUCGCCGACGAGAACGCCGGGGAGGACCCCGAAGUCAAGAUUACCGUCCGCGACGACGACGGCCCCGUCGGCCGACGGAUCAAGGACGCCUUCAUCGCCAAGGGCAAGUCGCUGGUGCUCGAGAAGAUUCGGGCUUACGUUCAAGCAAUGGCGAAGGGCGGGCCCGUGAAGGACGAGCUCGAGGUCAAGAAGGCGCCGUCAGCCGCCGGAAAGGCCCCGGCGGCUCCUGCGUCAGGGAAUGCUGCGCCGGCGGCGGCGGCGGCGGAAGCAAAGAAGGAGAAGAAGGUGAAGGAGGGCUUCAAGACGAUAACUUUGACGGAGAAGUUUAAUUGUAGGGCGUGCGAUCUGUAUGAGAUCUUGAUGGACGAGAACCGGUGGAAGGGAUUCACUCAGAGCAAUGCAAGGAUCAGCAAGGAGGUCGGAGGACAGUUCAGUCUCUUCGAUGGCUCGGUCACCGGAGUGAGCGAGGAAUUGCAGGAAGGGAAGCUUAUUGUUCAGAAGUGGAGGUCUGGGAGCUGGGCUGAAGGGAUCCAUUCGACGUUGCGGCUGAUAUUUGAUGAGCCGGAGCAAGGAGUCACCGUCAUAAAACUGACGCAGACUGACGUCCCAGAGGAGGACAAGUAUGGGAAUGCUACAGUGGUGGAGAACAUGGAGAGGGGAUGGAGAGAGCUUAUCUUUAACAAGAUAAGAGGACUCUUUGGUUUUGGAAUCUGAUCAUUGUGGCAAGACUUUUGUUUUCCUUCUCUAGAAGUCACAGAUCAUCUGAGUCUAUUUAUGCAGUAUGAUGUUUUGAUAGUAGGAAAUCCUUGAACUUUAAAUAUAGUGUCCUUAUUGUUCAGCUUGCAAAUGCUGCUGGAAACUUCUAGGAUGUGUUUGAUUGAUUCAUCAUAACUUCCAUUUUCUUUCUGAUAGUGUUUCUGAUUUAAUCUAUGGGGAGUUACAAUUCGUAAUUCUCACAAAGUGGGAAAGAAUGCUGGUUACUUGUUAUGGACUUGGUUGCCUUUCUGAAUUAAUGUAUGUUAUGGAUUCGUGUA